UUAGAGAGCCAGUCGACCGGCGUCCUGCGCCGUGGGAUAUCGCGCGCGCGUCACGUGUCCGCUCGCCGCCCGCCACCACAGCCACCGGUGCCCACGGGUCUCGCGCGUGCCUCAGAUACGCGUGUGUCACCAUCGCCGCCACCGUGUUCGCAAUCGUUUUGCGUCGCGUCCCCGUCGCACGGCUGUGUACCUACGUCUCCUGCAACCAACUCGACCAGCCCCAGCCGCAACCAGUCCGCGGCCGCAGUCGCGCCCGAUACAACACGCACUCGUCACCGUCAUCCCGAGUACACCCAGUAAAUAUUUCAAAAUGAUUUUGUGUGGCACUACUGAAAGAAAAAAUCAUUUGCCAACUAUCAAACAAAACGGCUCAGGAGAUGCAUAAUGAGUCACUGAAUUUAUGGUUAUUUUAGAUUUGACUUGGUAACCUAAAUAUUAAAGAUGACGACGCCUGUUUUUGUCUCGUCGAGGGUAAGGGAAAACGCAUCGAACAAUAACGGACAAUUCAAUCGAGCGUCACAACGCAUAUUCAUUACACCCGCAGUAGCGGCGCCGGAUACCACUAACAAAGGAAAGACUAAUCAUGCGACAACACAGGCAAACAUAAACUCAGAGUCAAUGGAGUCGGAAGAGAGUAAAAAACAAGGGCCUAAAACUCGGAGCCAGCAAUUCUAUUCAAAACAAGAUAUUGUGGAACAGUACUGCCUGAGCGAUAAGCAAUUACAAGUGUUAAACAGGGUCAGACAACCACCAGCAUUGUUCGGAUGUAUAUCCAGUCACAGAGAAUCUUAUUGUGGUCCUCGGAACUCGCCAAACCUACUGACCGCGUGCGUUCGUCGUCGAAUACCCAGCGACGAGAACCUACACGACCUUUACAAGCGACUUCCGGCAGACUGUGCCCCGUAUCCACGAUGGUCUCGGUACCAUCACUGCCAUCCUGACGUGUUCCCUGUACAUCACUGCCAUCAAUUGAACGUGGCUGAAGCACCAUUGCCAACAUGUCAACGUUCCCCGGCCGCCAGACGACAUAAAUGUUGGCCUCCCGAAGAAGAGGAAUAUCCACACAGAACGUGUCAUUCUGCGUGCCAUGGACGAGCUACUGGAUGCGAUUAUCCUGAAUUUCACCACUGUGCACCUCAUUACUUACCUCCGCCUCCUCCACCACCGCCAUCUACAUCCAGAAUGAGACACGUUAGUUUUGCCAGGUCACACACGGUAACGUCAUUUGACAAUGUCUCUUUAAAAUCAGCUAAUAGCAGCAAAUCUUUAGAAAGAUUAAUUGAUGGAAGAAAAACACCAGAACCUGUCUGUCCAGUCGAAUCCCCAAAAGUUAUCGUAUUAGAAAAAGUAAAACGAGCUCAAAAGGUUCAAGCUACCCAAACGGAUGGAGUAAAAUCUAUUAGUCCAGGAACACCACAUAAAACUAAAUUAGUUUCGCAGAAAACGUCCUCGAAAAAAAACCCUCAACCACACGAAUCUCCAAAAUCAGUUGUCAGGCCUCCAGAACCUUGUAAUAAUGAAAUAUUAAUUGACUUCGAGCCCAAAGACCCACCGAUUCGGAAAAGAAACAAAACUCUAUUGCAGAAAACUGUGUCAGAUGGUGAAAUUUUAAUAGGCGAGAUAAUAAGGAGUAGAAGUCGAGAAGACGUGGAAGCAUCAGUGUCUGAUGGUGAACAAUGCUAUAAAAAUCUAGUAGCUUCUUCAUGUACUGCCGAAGGUUCUUUAGAAAAUUUUCACGAAAACGAAAUUAUUCUUUGUGAAGGAUUUUAUAAAUCUAAAAGUAAUAUUUGUUUAUCCGACUCGCCAAGUACAUAUAGAGUUAAAACACCAUCGUCUUCAAAUGAACAUGAACCAAGUGAUUUAUCCCAAGCUACUGUCUUGCAGUUUGAAAAUGUAUCUAAGAAAACUAAGCUGAAAGACGACUAUCCGUGUGAUGUAGUUCAAAAAAAAAUUAUAAGAUACACCGAUUUACCAUUAAAAUCUUCAGACUUAAUCGAACAAGGAAAUACUCAUAGCAAUGCAUUAACUAAUAGCCCCGUGGUCCUAGAGCCAUCAGAAAUUUCAACUUCUACUGAGGACUAUGUAACAGCCACAGAUAGUGCAUCUUAUACCACUACCCCUACUCAAGGUCCUUCAAUUACAAGUAGUUCGUUCGACAGUGAGUCGUCCAAAUAUAGCUUGCCUCAUCCUAUUUUUGACCACGACACUGCAAUUGAUCCAACUGAUCCGAUUGAUGAAGAACUUGGAGACGGUGAAGACUCAAGUGAUGACGAAAGCAGUACUUCCGGAAGUUACAGCGUGAAGUGCAGUAUAGAGGAUAAUAGGAGUUCUGCGUCAUCAGACGAGAAUACAAGAAUAAGACCGAAAUCCAUCUUAAAAUUGGCUAAAUCUAUACCAAAAAGCAAGUCUAUAAAUGUAGAAGAACCGAAUCCAAAUAACUCAAAUAGUCCUAAUCUAACAUCAAAUAAUCGUACUACAACCACAAGUCAAACAGAUGUUCUUGACUCAAAUUUAAUUAAAAAAUUGAUGGGUAAUGGCUUUGCGACUAAAAUAUCGGUACCUGUCUACUCUUCAGAUGAAUCUCUGAAAAGUGCAGAACAACGCAGAAGACCAAGUCCAAGACGAAAAAGUAUAGGCGCUAUGACAUUUAUUAACUCUAUCGAUAAAAAAACUCCAGCAAUAAAUAAACCAGAAAAACGAAGAGAAUCACUUCCAGAAAUAAAUUUACUUGGAACACCACAAAACGCUCUUGAUAAAACGGAAAAAUCAAAAACUGAAUUUAACUUUGAUGACAAACCUCAAUGUACUUUAUCAUCAAAAGUAUCUCAAAUUACUUAUUUAUCUCAAACUAAUAACUUAAACUUGAAGACAGUGAGUGCAGAGUCUUUGCGUUCUAUUAGCCCAGGGAGUGAUUCUGUUUUCUACAGUGAUCCGUGCAAUAGAGCGUCAUUAUCAUCUAGAUGUACGCGAUGCAAUAAUGAGGUUGAUAUAGAUUAUGCUAACAACACAAACAAUGAAGUCAUAGACAUUGUUAAGCCACCUGAAGGAUUUGGUGAUUCUCCAGAAGAACCCCCAUCCACACCUUUAAGACAACUGACAAAACGAUAUCGGUCAGAAGAAAGAAAAAAAAAUAAUAGGUCAGAACACACUCGAGCAAAAUCAGAAGAAAGAGUGAAAAAUCACAGAGAAAGAGAAAGGCCAAUGACUAGAUCUACUGAUGUAAGUAUGGAAAAAUUAAAUGGAAGCAGCUCUAGUCUUCAUUCUGACGACGAUGAUUGGUCAGGUAUCUACACAACACCAUUUACUUCAUUUUCGUGGGUAUACAUAGACGAAGUAGAAGAGUUUUAUGUAUGGAAGAAACCUUCUGAUUUACCAGACAUUAAGUGUUCACCGGUAUUGCAACGAAGAGAUUCUAUUGAAUCCACAUGUUCAGAACAUGAAUUCCGAGUUAAAUAUCAGACAAUCACGCACAGAAUGGUACAUAGAAAAUCCAGUUUAGAAAUGUUCAAAAGACUUGCUUCGAAAUCAUUUGAUAGUGACAAGCGCUUAAUGGUAAAACGUGAAUCUGGAGAAUUUGGUUUUCGCAUUCAUGGAGCAAAACCAGUAGUAGUAUCCGCUAUUGAAACGGGAACGGCCGCAGAAAAUUCUGGUCUCAAAGUAGGUGACAUAAUCAUCAGCAUCAAUGACAUGUGCGUCCUUGACGCAUCACACUCGGAAUUUGUCAACGUAGCGCACAGUGGUUCCGAUGUCUUGGAACUAGAAGUAGCCAGAACCUGUGAUAUAUUAACGCCACAAAUCGAUCCCUCUGUGAUUGACAAACGCAUUGUCUUAGCAAGUAUACUCUGGAAAUUUAGCAUCGGAACAAAAAAAAUGAAAAACUGCUGGCAACCCAGAUAUUUUUGUCUUAAGACCGACAAUUGUCUCUACUACUAUAAGUCAGCGUCUUUGAAACGAGAUAGACAUCCUUUGGGAGCACUUAAUCUCAAAGGAAUCACCGUAGUCAAGACAUCGGAAACGGGGAGACUGUACAGCUUUCGCUUGGAAAGGAAAGACCACAAGAAAACCAGAUUACACAUAGCUGCAAAUAGUGCAGAAAAUGCUGAACGAUGGAUCGAAGCAAUUAGCGAAGCCACCAAAUGUCAAUCGAUGGAAUGGCUCAAUGAAAAUAAUCUAAAAUCCGUGGUCACUAUCGAUCCGGAAUCGGACUGCCAGGGUUUCCUCUCCACGUUAGUACACCACUGUGGAAAAUCAUGGAAGAAGUAUUAUUGUGUUCUCAAAGAUGCUAGACUGUACUUUUUUGUAGAUAGCGUGACCCGAUUCGCUAACGGUAUGGCUUGUCUGCAUGGUUACAAAGUACAGAGUUCCGUCAACGCUAGCAUACGAAAAUUUGCGUUCGAGCUUAUACCACCCGAUUUGUCGUUCAGAUAUUUUUAUUUUUAUACCGAUACUGAAGUGGACAAAAAAAAAUGGAUAGCUGCUCUAGAGUACAGUAUAGAACGAUGGAUAAAUGUUUCAUGAUAAAAAUAGUUAAACCAUUUAUUUACAUUUCCAUCGAAUCAAUUACAUUUAUGGCUGUAAAAUGAAGCCGGCUUGUGAUAUCAUUAUUAAAUUUAUUUUUGGACCAUUACAACAACAUAAACAACGUAUAAAGAUUUACUUUUAUUUAAUAAUACAUUAAUAGUUUUUAUUUAUAAUUAGUUUAUGGCAAAAAUAUAUUUUAUCUAUAUUUGAUCGAGUUACGUUUACGUAGCUAGUCUUUUCUUAGUAUCUGUUUUAAUUUCAGAACAUCGAGUUUAAUGCCCAUAUUAUGUGCUUUUCAAUUGUCAUUAGUUUUAAUUAGCACAUAAUAUGUUAUGUUUUAAGUCUAACACACCAAAAUACAAAUUGCAUAACAUUUAGUAGAUGUUAUAAAUAUAUUUUGUUUAAAAAUAAAAAUAAAAAAACGUAAGAUGUAAACUUGUG